AUGACUGCUUAUCUACCCCGUCAACAGUCUCAGCCCGCUUCCUCCUCCCCUAUCGAAUCUGAGUUUCCGCCAAUCUAUCUCAAUACUCCAAACACUUCCCCUAAAAUCAAAGAUCAAGAUAUCGACGAAGAAGCUCUAGCCGACGUGUCUUUCGCGUCUUCAAUCUCCAUAACAACGAACUCUCCUUCACCUCACAAAUCUCAACCGAAUUCAAACUUACCUUUGAAUGAUCUAAGUUUAAAUGAGAAUCAGACUAUUAAGUCUAACAAUCCUUACAAUACCACCUCAAGAGGUAAAAAGCGCGUUGGCUUACCUGCAAUGUGGUCCGUCACAAAGCAAUCUAUAUCCCCACCCAACUCUUCUAAAAACAAAAGAAAUGCUGUUAUGUUUGAGCCUAAAUCUACUAUUAUCCCUUCCUCGCCUCCAUCCUCUCACCACCAUUCUGGUAGCUUAGAUAAAGCUGAUGAAAGUUCACAAUAUGUCUCUCAAAACAGUUAUCAGGACUCGUCUCCAGAGUCUAAGUCUUCAAUUAGACCUAGAGCUCCUUCUGAACCUUCAAAACCCGACAUCUAUUAUCAUAACCCAUCCUCUCCGGAAAGAGUAAAGAAACCAAGACUUUCUCCUUUGAAACCCCCUUUCAUGUCUAUCAAGACCUUAGGUAGAGCUUAUUCUGCACCAGACAACUACGUUGGUCAAUCAAAAACUAUCUCAGGCACUCUCUCUCCUUAUCAAUCAUCUCAAUCUCCUAAUUAUUCAAAGUAUAAGUCUGCCCCAAUACGCGAGCGUAGACAAAACAAAAAGAGCAGACCUCCAAUGCCCUCAUUCGAACAACAAUCACCUUCAUUGUUCAAUAAUGACCAUCAAUCUGAAAACCAACCUGAUAAAUCAAACAAAAAACCCUUCGCUAAACCCGCAUUCAGAAGAGCUUUCUCUUUAGUUGCUCCAAAUCCAAUGAACAAUGUCCCAUCACCGGGUGAUAUUGACUCUUCACCAUGUGCUGAUGCUUCUCCGUCAAUAAGACCUUUAUCACAACAAAUUCAACAAAAAAACACUUUUAAUAGACCUUCAGGUCCUUUGAGAGCUCUAUCUUCUUUACAAGGUCCUGCGAUUUCUCCUAGAGGUGUUCAAAUUCCUGGUUUCGGUCAUAGUGAAAAGGAGGGUAAACUUUUACCUUGUUUCAACGUUAAGGAUGAUGGCUUAAUGAGAGUAAACCCUGAUGUCGUUGAUGACUUGAUAUCCAACCCUCUGCCAAACAAUAUUAGUGAUUUACACAUCGUUGAUUGUAGAUUCCCAUUCGAAUAUGCAGGUGGUCAUAUUCCAGGUGCUGUUAAUCUUGGUACUCUUCAAGCUGUUGAGAAUCAUUUCUUAAUACCAAACUCUGGUAUUAAUCAAUCAUCUUUCUCUUUACCUACACCCUCAACUUCUGCAUCUAAUAAUGAAAAUAGUCGAAAAGUUAUUAUUUUCCACUGCGAAUUCUCAAACAUGAGAGCACCUACACUCGCAAAGCACCUUAGAUCUUUAGACAGAAGUCGCAAUGAACAUCCUAACCUAAAUUUUCCGGAACUCUAUAUUUUAUCAGGAGGUUACGCGGAAUAUUACAAACAAUAUAAUUUUAAAAAACCUUACUUGAGAUAUACACCGAUGGAUGCACCAAACUUCCAUCCAGAACGAGAAGCUCAUCUAGCUGCAUUCAGAGCCUCAUCAAAACCAUCUUCCAUGGGUGGCGGACCAAAUAUGGGAUUAAGGUCAAAAUCGUUUACAUUUGCAACUAACAGCUCUAGAUUGACAAAUGUUUCAAAACUACUACAAGAUCAGACAGUACAUGAGGAGUGUAGUGAGAUUUCAAUGGAUGCCUCACCUUGCGCGCCUUCACAGAAAAGUAACAGACCUCCAUUACUUAAUAGACACAAAUCACUCGCUAAGUUGCAAAGCUCGCCUCUUAAAUUAGACAGCGACAACGAUUCACCAAUGAAGAUAAAAAGGGACUUGACUUUUGUUGAUCGGUCAUAA